GUUUAUCCGUUAUGAAGUGCAGGUCGAUCCGCCUCCUAAGCUGUGUUUUAAAAAUAAAAUAAUAGAUAUAAAAACAAAAUUUCCAGUGGAUCCAUUUAUUUCAUUUCCCUACACAAGAAAAGAGGAAAACCUUACCUAUCAGCGUGGUCGGAUUCGAUUCUGCAACCUCCCUAUUACGGAGGCGAGAUUCGAGCACGGGAUCUCUCAAUUGUUAAGGCAAGAUUCGAACACCAGACCUCCCUCUGACUAAGGUGGAGAUUUUGUUAAAGUCUACACUUGUAAAGACAUUUGCAAGUUGCAACCUUAAUGGGAGACAUUUGUGAUAAUGCAAAUGUUGCCUCAACAGAAUUAGAGCAUUCUGCCCGCUUAGAGGAGAAAGGUUUAAUUAGCUCCACAGGUUCUCAUGGCGAGAGCUGUGUGGUCAGUUCUGAUGGUGACUCGGACCCAAAGGGUCUUUCCGUUGGAAACAAUGUAUCUAUAAGUACAGGUGAAACAGAACAUUCUCCUCUAAAAGUUGGAAAGAAGCCUCUUAUUGCAAGUGUUUACAGAUCAGAUGUAGUCCAAAGUAGAUCAGAAGAGGGUGUGUUUGGAAUGGUAACUAGAGUUGCAGGUGAUUCAGACUCCUCAGAUUCUGAUAAUGAAGAAGAAGAUGAUGCGGAAUCUGUUUCAGGGGAUCAUGCUCGGGUAGUUUGGUCAAAUCUUGUUGAGACAACUGAGAAACUUGAAGAUCUUGUUGUAGUUGAUAGGAGCUUUAUGCAUGGUGACAUUGUUGCAUCUAUUUCAGAUCCAAAAGGACAGACAGGUACAGUAGUCAGCAUUGACCUUUUUGUUGACUUGAAGAUGCCGUCUGGAGAAAUCAAAACAGAUGUCCCUAGCAGGAAGCUGAAACGGAUAAGAGCUUUCACAGAAGAAGAUUAUGUACUUCGUGAUUCUUGGCUGGGCCGGGUUGUUGAGGUUGUAGAUAAUGUCACAGUUUUGUUUGAUGAUGGUUCAAAGUGUAAAGUAAUGAGGGCAGACCCUGAGCGCCUUAUGUCAGUUUCUAAGAAUGUUUUUGAAGAUACAAACUUUCCUUAUUAUCCAGGUCAGCGUGUACGGGGUACUUCUUCAGUUGUUUUCAAAAGUGCUAGAUGGCUCCGAGGUACAUGGAAGGCAUCUCGUAUGGAGGGUACAGUCAGUAAUGUUGAGGCGGGUUCAGUAUAUGUUUACUGGAUUGCUGCAGCGAAUCCUGCAUCUACUAUGAGUUCAACAAAUGUCCCUGCAGAUAUGCAAGACCCUAAACAUUUAAAGCUUUUGUCUUGUUUUUCAUAUGCUAAUUGGCAACUAGCUGAUUGGUGUUUCCUCCCAACAUCUGGAAGGAAAUUAGGCAUAACUUUCCCUGUCAAGCAAGAUGCCUUACCAGAUAAAGACACAGAACUAACUGCAGACUGUGACAUGUUGCCUUCUUUUGAUUCAUCUUCCCCUACUACUUCAGGAUCAGUACAGAAUGGCACCGUACCUGCACAGGAUUCCUGUUUUCCUACUGGCCUUGGAUCAAAAAUCAUGACACAUGAAAACUGGGUUUCACACCGCAAGAAAUAUCGUAAGCGCAGAGUGAAACGUGAUAAAAAACUUCCUAAGAAAGAUGAUGUUCUUGAAUCAGCACUGCUUAUUGUGAACACAAAGACAAAGGUUGAUGUACUUUGGCAAGAUGGCACAAAGUCAUUUGGAGUUGAUUCAAAGGUCUUGUUUGCUGUUGAUAAUCUUGGUGAGCAUGAUUUCUGGCCUGAGCAGUAUGUGCUAGAGAAGGGUUCCGAUGAGGAUGGAGAAGAUUCUCAAACUAGGCGCGUAGGAGUUGUAAAAACUGUGGAUUCAAAAGAACGUACUGCCCUAGUGAGGUGGCAGAAAACUGUGUCACGACCAGAGGAUCCUCGAGAGUUUGACAAUGAAGAGAUAGUGAGUGUUUAUGACCUAGUUGAGCACCCAGAUUACAAUUAUUUUAUUGGGGACAUUGUGAUACGGCUUCCCCCUAUAGAAGAGGUAUCACAGGUGUCUGAUGCUGUUAAAAUGUCAGUUGAUGAAAAAGAAUGUGAAAUUGAGGCAAAGAUUGAUAAAGAUUGUCAGAUUGAAUUAAAAUGUGGGGAGUGUGUUAAAUCAGAUCCAUCCUCAGAGCAAAGAAGUUUGAAAAAGCGACAAAAGACUGAUCUUGGUUUUGAUUUUGAGGAUCACAUUGGUGAUGAUAAAGAAAUUGACUUUCAGACGAAAUGUGUAAGUGAUACCAAAAGUAUGGAUGCUUCUUUGCAGCAAGGGGCUUCAAGAAGGCGUCGCAAGGCUAAAGUUGAUGCAAAGGUUGAAGAUAUGGAUUUCUCGUGGAUUGGGAAUAUUAUAGGUGUUAGAGAUGGGGAAAUUGAAGUGAUGUGGGCAGAUGGAACAGUUACAAAGGUUGGACCACAAGCAAUUUUUGUAGUUGGCAGGGAUGAUGAUAUGGAGUCAACUCAAAGUAGUUUUGAUGAGGAUGAUAAUGAUGAUGCUGCAAGCUGGGAAACUGUUGAUGAUAAUAUGAUGGCUACAUUUGAUGCCGAUGAGCAGCAGUUGGAGCAAAAUGUAGAACCUGCAAUGGACCAGGCUACAGAUGCUGCACAUGCUUCAAAUGAAAACUUGCACAAAAGUAGUGAUACCAACACAUCAAUAUUGCGAGCUUUUGGAUUUGUUGCCAGGCUUGCCACUGGUUUUCUUGGAUUCCGAGGUUCUAAGAAUUCAUCAGACACAUUGGAUCCAAGUUCUCAAGAGCAAGCUAUGCAGAAACAUGGAAUUGCAAAGAACACUGACAGGACAGAGGCUAGUGGCAUUGAAGGAGACCAACUUACAAGAGAUUUGAAUUGUCAUCUGGAACCUGGUGGUGAUUCCAUACACAUUAAAGAUGGUUUGACUUCUUUGCCAGCAACUUCAGACUUAGGUGAUAAAAUGGACUCAGAGUGUGGUGACCACAACAAUGUGGAAGGCACACAAGAUGGCCACGAUCAAACGAAAGUCUCUACUGAAGAUGAUUUGACAAGGAGCAUACCUAUUGAUAUUAAACAAAAUUUACAAGAAAUGCACAGCUUACCUAUUUCUAUUAAUGAUGGCCAGAACUUGUUUAAACACUUUGACAGUGUUCAGGACCCUGCAGACCACUACUUUUUCAAUGAAACUGCCCAGAAUUGCAAUGAUAGAAAGUGGUCGAAGAAAGUUCAGCAAGAGUGGAGUCUUCUUGAAAAAAAUUUACCUGAGAGCAUUUAUGUUCGAGUCUAUGAGGAUCGAAUAGAUUUACUUAGGGCUGUGAUUGUUGGAGCUAGUGGAACUCCUUAUCAAGAUGGUCUUUUUUUCUUUGAUAUUUAUCUUCCGUCUGAAUACCCUCAAGCACCACCAGCAGUGUACUACCAUUCUCGUGGGUUGAGAUUGAAUCCCAAUUUAUAUGAAACUGGAAAAGUCUGCUUAAGUCUUCUUAACACAUGGACUGGCAGAGGAAAUGAAGUCUGGGAUCCGACAUCUUCAAGCAUUCUACAAGUCCUUGUUUCACUUCAGGGUCUUGUAUUGAAUGCAAGACCGUACUUCAAUGAGGCAGGAUAUGAUAAGCAAGUUGGCACAGCUGAAGGAGAAAAAAAUUCUCUUGCUUACAAUGAGAAUUCAUUUUUAUUGACGUGCAAGCUAAUGUUAUAUCUUCUCCACAGACCUCCACAGCAUUUUGAAAACUUUAUUAAAGAUCACUUUCGUAGACGUGGUCAUUCCAUUCUUUGUGCAUGCGAUGCCUUUAUGAAGGGAGCUGAGGUUGGAUCUCUCUCAGAAGUACCGUUGAAGUCUGACCAAGUUUCUCAGAACAACAGUUCAGUUGGUUUCAGACUUAUGUUAGACAAGAUUAUUCCUAAAUUAAAAUCUGCAUUUGAUGAACUGGGCACAAAUGAUGAUUGAUGUUUCCUACCAACUAUAAGAUAUGGCACGUAUCUAAUGUUACAGUUAAAAUGUGAAUAACUACAGAAAUGGCCAGUCGUAUGCUGACUUGUAUCUCUUUUGCAAAUUGAACUGCAGUUCGUGAUUUGUUUCUGUUGGCUCUUGCUUUCUUGAUUUGUAAAGUUAUAGAAUAGUUGAAAGUGUAAAAAAUGCUAAAUAUGUUGUGGCGACAGAAGCCACAUUGAUCAGCAUUUAAUGAAUAAGCGCCAGAUUUUGCCAUUUGAGUUGAACUGCCCAAUGGGUUGUUCUUGUUGACUGGAAUGCUGAAAGGGUAGUUAUUUUGUGCCGGAAUGACAAAUUUGGCGGUUCUUGGUUGACUCACAACGCACAGUUUUUGGCUUCAUGCUUGAGGAAAGCAUGUUUGUUAUUUAUACUGAUGGCCCAGCGCUAGAUUUCUCAAGCUAUAUUGAUGUUUCCGCAUCUAGAAUUCUCGUGCUAUAUUUUAUUAUAGGUGUGAUCUUCCUACCGAUGCUAAACAAUGGAGGCAAGAUUGAGGGGGUUUUCAGAAACAAUGCAAAUGAAUGUGGAGAAUCAUGGUUUUGGAGCAAACCUUAUGAGUGAUAUUUGUGAAUUUGGUUAAUGUUGUUUUUAUCAUUUAGAAUUAUCUGAGUUACAUUUCAAUGUGUA